AUCUGGACAGCCAUGGAGGACAACCAAACUCCUCUCCCAUGGCAGCAUUUUCCCCCAUCCGAGCUCCACCCAUGGCGAGAGGCCAAUGCCGCCCAGCUCACUGUCUAGGGCGCCCAUAAAAUUCCAGCAGCGAGCUCCACCGCCGAUCUACGCGGCCCCAACUUUGCGCGCUGUCGGCUCGCUGUUUUGUGGAGCCCCAUGGACAGCGCGUCGUCGACGCCCGCCGUGUGCUCGCUGUUUUGCGCAGCCCCCAAUCGCGCCGUCGAAAACCGUGCUAGUGGUCGACGCCGCGCUUCGCGCCUUGCCCGUUCGACGAAAUGCCAAGCCAUGUGGACAGCCCAUGCGUCUAGUCACGACUCGUUCAGGACCGAGAGAUGACGAUCGUGCAAGUAAUGUGGUUAUCGGAUGUUGA